AUGGAUGACCUGCUGCUGCUGCUGCUGCUGUGGAGCUCAGGACUCCAGGCUGAAGGAGAACUCACCUCAACAGAGUCUUUCAGGUUGGUGGGAGGAGCCAGUCGCUGUAGAGGAACAUUGGAGGUGAAACAUAAUGGAGAAUGGAGACCAGUGAGUUACUAUUACUUUGACUGGAUCCUGAAGACAGCAGCUGCUGCCUGCAGAGAGUCAGACUGUGGCUCUGCUGUUUCUGUAGAGAGAGAAGAGUCCUCAGACAGAUCUGUGUGGGUGAUCAGCUCUGACUGUGUUGAGUCUGGAUCUGUUCUGAGGGAGUGUGCUGCAUCAGAUUACUCUAACUACUUCCUUCAUCUCACCUGCUCAGACUCUGUCAGGCUGGUGAAUGGGACCAGUCUGUGCUCAGGCAGACUGGAGGUGAAGACUAACCAGUCUAUCCAGCGCUGGUCUUCAGUGUGUGAAGAUGACUUUGACCAGCAGGAUGCAGAGGUGGUCUGUAGGGAGCUUGGCUGUGGGGCUCCUUCAGUCCUCCAGGGGGCGCUCUAUGGAAAAGUGGAGCCUCCAAUGAGGACCAAAGAGUUCCAGUGUGGAGGCCAUGAGUCUGCUCUCCUGGACUGUAGAAGCUCAGGCUCAGAUAGAAACACCUGCUCACCUGGAAAAGCUGUUGGACUCACCUGCUCAGAGCCUGAUGCUGUCAGGUUGGUGGGAGGAGCCAGUCGCUGUGCAGGAACACUGGAGGUGAAACAUAACGGAGAAUGGAGACCAGUGAGAUACCAGUUUGACUCUGGCUGGACCCUGAAGACAGUAGCUGCUGCCUGCAGAGAGUCAGACUGUGGCUCUGCUGUUUCUGUAGAGAGAGAAGAGUCCUCAGACAGAUCUGUGUGGUGGAUCAGGUCUGACUGUGUUGAGUCUGGAUCUGUUCUGAGGGAGUGUGCUGCAUCAGAUUACUCUAACUACUUCCUUCAUCUCACCUGCUCAGACUCUGUCAGGCUGGUGAAUGGGACCAGUCUGUGCUCAGGCAGACUGGAGGUGAAGACUAACCAGUCUAUCCAGCGCUGGUCUUCAGUGUGUGAAGAUGACUUUGACCAGCAGGAUGCAGAGGUGGUCUGUAGGGAGCUUGGCUGUGGGGCUCCUUCAGUCCUCCAGGGGGCGCUCUAUGGAGAAGUGGAGACUCCAAUGAGGACCAAAGAGUUCCAGUGUGGAGGUCAUGAGUCUGCUCUCCUGGACUGUAGAAGCUCAGGCUCAGAUAGAAACACCUGCUCACCUGGAAAAGCUGUUGGACUCACCUGCUCAGGUAGGAGAGGAGCUGCAGCUCUGAUUUGGUUCAUUUCUGUUCUAAUGAAACUCACUUUGUUCUUUUGCUGA